CCAGGUCUAGUCAUCAUAUACUUGUAGCAGACGCUGUUAGCGUCCUGUGAGGAGGGGCAUCAAUGGAAAGGGCAUUCGAAGAUUCCCUGGAGUCACCGGUCAUUCAACAGCGGGGAGUGUGGCACAUGAGAGGCGGUGAAUGUCCUUCACUCAGUUCUAUUCGGGCGACAGUAACCUAGAUAAUCCUUGACUUUAGCGUACCCCCACUCAAAGCGGCUUCAGCAACGGCACUCGCCUUCUUUCUUUUCCAGGGUAGUGCACUACUUUCUUUUCAAGUUUUGUGAAAGAUUGGGCACUGACAGCCACAGUCACCGCAUCCACGGCCAUGGCGAAGUCAGAGCCUACAGAUCCGAAGCCGCACGCGACGCUCGGCGAAGACCCGCUCCAAAACUCGUACCUCCCCGCCCACGGGCAGCUCUUUUUCGGCAGUGGUGACGACGCUGCCGCGGCAAUCGACAAGGUCCAGUGGAUGCCGGCGCAGGACGAUAGCAUCCCGCAUACACUGGAAGCAGAGCAGGCGUACGUCGAGCAGCUGGUGGCGGCUUUCAAGAACUUGGAAGGCACCAACGAGGGGCCCGCCAGCCCGUAUCGGCGCCGGUUCGCGGAAGGCUUCUACGAAGACUGGAUGAUAGAAGCUUGUGCCUGGGAUAUCCUCAAGAUGGCCGAGUCAAUCCACGGUGAGGGUUUCAAGGCCCGCAUCUACGACAAGAACAUCCUUCAAUCGAUCAAGCAAACCCGGGACUGGACUUUCGCGGAGCGCAUUCAGACUCUCUGCAAUGUCCUGAAGGUCUCCAAGGGCGUCGCCGUUACCCUGUUGAAGAACGAAAAGAUGAUGAUCGCCAUCGGAGCGCCGAACAAGCUCUUCACCUCAACGAUUGCCAACCACGCUCACAACAUGAAGCGAGAUCGAUGGAUCAAGGAAGGCAGAGAGCGGGAUGACGCUGCAAAGAGCCAGCGGGAACGAUGGAGGAGAUGGCAGAGGACGAAGGUAAGGUCAUGGCUCUCUCUACUUACUUCCAGUCUAAUCGGAGCUGUAGGAUAUCUCGAUCAUUCAAACAUGAUGGAGGAAGACAAGGAACCUACUGCAUUUCUCCUUCCACAAAUGGCAAAGAACAAGCGCGUCAAGACCGAGGGUAUGAGAUCAGAAGCAUGGGAUCCGGAUGCCGACCCGCUCGUCCAGGGAGCCGCGAGUGUGAAUACCGCAUGUGUGCUGGGGAUUCUCGAUGCCCGCUCCAACGCCGAGAGCAACUGA